AUGUAUGGAAACAACAGCCCUUUCUCCUAUUCCCCAAGGGGUUUCUCACAGGAAGACUUUAGUCUGCAAAAACGGGGUUUCCAACAAGAUGACUUCAAGCCUGCUCCACAGCAUAGAGACGACAUGUCCAGACCCAGCGGAAGAACCAUAUACAUGCAGAGAAAAGAGUACUCAGAGAAGCUGAACAAACAUUCCGACAACUUUCGCUACAGAGUGGAGCAUCUCUUCACCUGUGAGCUGGACGGCAAAGAGGUGAAGUCAGUGGUUGACUGCAUGGUCAAGCUCAAGAAGGUGGACGCCAAAGGUCGUGUGUGGCCCCAAGAAAUGAUCAUGGAGGCUCAGGGGGGAUAUCUCAUACUCAAUGACAUCGAGACCAAGUCGGAGCUGGAGGCGAUGCCUUUCGGUUCCAUCUUGCAAAGCAAAGCUGUGCUGAACAGCGGCGUCUACAACUCUGUGCUGACAUUAACUGUGCAGGAACGGAGCAAACGCAACCACCAGGUCUACAUGUUCCAGUGUGAGGAAACCGGGGCAGAUGUCAUUAAGAGUGAUCUGGAUAAGAUCAUCCAAAAAGGUGGAGGUGCUGAUAUGGAACCACCAAGCAGAGACCAGUACGACAUCAGGAGUCAUCUCGGGAAUAUCAUUGGUAACCAUACUGCAGGAGGUUUCCGGAACCCUUCCCCCCGUCCUGUUCAGCGAGAGAGGACCCCGUCGCCACCGAUUCAUCCGCCCCCACAGUUUGGCAACAGAGAGCCAGUUCAUAGGCCUCUACCACGAGUCCACAGCCCACCAGAAGAAUUUUUUCCCCAUCCUGACCAUAAUGAACUACAGGAUGCUCAUGACAAGGCUGAAGCAGACAGGAAAACGGACAUUUUAAACCAUGUUAUAAACGACAUGGAGAUCUUCAUGGACAAACUGUCGGCUGUAUUUAAUGCACCUCAACCGCAAGAGGACAAGAAGAAGAAGGGCUUGCUCAAGAUGAAUAACUCAAAAAAAAAAGCACCAGUUCAAACAUUGCCGCCGAUAGAGGAAUAUGUCUCCUGUCUUCAGAAAAUCAAAUUUGGAUUCAAUCUGCUGGGCCAGCUGGAUGGGACACUGAGCGGCCCCACUGCUGCCGACUACGUGCACAUCUUCUUCACUUGUUUAGGCAUGAUUGUUCCUACAUAUUCCACAGAAGUGCCUCCCAGUGUGAUCUCUCCCCUGCUGACGGAUGCGGCCUUGGGGCUGCUCAAUCAGGUCGUCAGCCCGGUGGAAGACCACUUGUGGAGAUCUCUGGGAGAUUGUUGGAAUAUCUCCAGGUCUCGAUGGAUGGGUGGUGAUGUGCCACCUUACGUCCCACAGUUCUACGAUGGCUGGCAGCCACCGGCACCCAUCUACAUGCCUCCCUCGGUUUCUUCUCAGAGCCGUCCAAUGAGCAGGGCCAACAGCCAGCGCUUCCCUCCUGUCCGGCAGGAGGUUGAACGAUACACACCUGAAAUCCCGCCUCCAAACAGGCCUGUGGCCAACGGUUCAUGGAGUCCUCCGCCACCAUCAUACCCCCACGAGCAACCGAUGUCAAUGCGCGUCAUUUACACCUUCAUGGCCAGGAACAACCAAGAGCUGAGUGUUUUGAAGGAUGAGGUGGUGCAGGUGAUCCAGAAAUCUAAGCAAUGGUGGACUGUUCGCAACGUACAAGGUGAGGAAGGUCACGUUCCUCAGAAUGUUUUGGAGCCGAUGGAUGGUACCCAACCCAUGGAUGACCUACCGCGGGACAAUCGCAGCGCUGUGUCACUGGACAUGAACUCCUCUCCUGCAGAGGUGAAGGCCUGGCUUGAGUCCAGAGGUUUCUCCAGAAUCACCGUCAAAAGCCUCGGCGUGCUGACAGGAAAACUUCUCCUGGAAAUGACUAGAGAUGAAAUAAGAGCUGUGUGUCCAGAAGAAGGAGCAAAGGUCUUCUUCCAGCUUCAGGGCAUCAGGACAUCAAUUGAACUGGCCAGUGAACCACCAAGGCUGUAUCACGGUCGCUACUAACAACCACAACUCCAAUCCAUCCGAUUCUUUUCUCUUGAAUUUCCAUCCACGGAUCAACGUCUACAGUGUCAACAUUAAUCCUACUUUCAGCAUGAAUUGAACUACAUCCGAUGCUGAUUACUUUAUUUCAGGGAAAGCACUUCUAGAGUGAGACUUUCACAUGUUUCAUAAUUUAUAAACUUAUGCAGUAAUUGUCAUUUACUCUGGAAUUAAUUUUGUACUGUAACUGAUUUUACUCAUCAUGUAUUCUUUUUAAGUAAACUGUAUAGUUUUCCUGACUUUGAUUAACCCUCUUCAGGACUUUUGGGGUCUUUUGGACGUCAGGCCAUUUGGUUU